CCCUCUCUCUCUUUCCGCAGUUUACCUCGGAUGCUGUGCUAUUAGUGCUGCAGAUCGGUGCUAUAUGUAUGAACGGUGCUGGAAGGGUUACGAUGCGUUCGGACUUUGCGGGCCCGCUGCUUUGACCCUUCGAAUCUUGACACGGGAGCUAACCUUGGUGCUGAAAGCGCUCCGGGCUCUGCGAUCUUUCGAACCUUACCAAAGCUACGGGGCUACUAGUUUCUUUAGCCCUUUGCGAUCUUGCCUCCCAACCCACCCGCCGAAUUUGUUUUUAACCUUUGUUUCAUUUUCACUUUUUCCUUUCCCGGAUUAGGAGGGAAAUGUAGCAGGCUCGAGCUGUACUUGCUUGCUGCAUUGAGGUUUGGCCCGGAGCCGUUUGCUUUUAGCACUGACGCAAGAAAAUUCAUCUAAAAAAAAAAAAAAAAAGAGGAAUGGAGACUUACUGGGGAUAUCAGAGUGGGGCUGGAUGCCCUUAUGCCUACUCGGAGCUGGGUGCCAAUGAGUUUGGUAUCCAAAAUACCAGUUACUAUAAUGAAGAUAUACUGCAUAAGACCAUCCUGGUGGGAGACAGCGGAGUGGGGAAGACGUCACUGUUGGUCCAGUUUGACCAGGGCAAAUUCAUCCCCGGCUCUUUCUCUGCGACUGUCGGCAUUGGAUUUACCGUGAUGCUGCUUGGAGAUUCAGGUGUGGGGAAGACCUGCUUCCUCGUCCAGUUCAAAGAUGGAGCCUUCCUCUCUGGGACCUUCAUAGCUACUGUCGGGAUAGACUUCCGGAAUAAAGUGGUAACAGUGGAUGAUGUAAAAGUGAAACUGCAGAUUUGGGACACAGCCGGUCAGGAAAGGUUCCGGAGUGUAACACACGCAUAUUAUCGUGAUGCACAAGCUCUCCUCCUCCUUUAUGAUAUCACCAACAAAGUCUCCUUUGACAGUAUUCGGGCUUGGCUCACAGAAAUCCAUGAAUAUGCCCAAAAGGAUGUGGUUAUCAUGCUUCUGGGUAAUAAGGCUGACAUGAGCAGUGAGCGAGUUAUCAGAACAGAAGAUGGGGAAUCCUUAGCCAGGGAAUACGGAGUGCCUUUCAUGGAGACCAGUGCCAAGACUGGUAUGAAUGUGGAACUGGCAUUUCUGGCCAUUGCAAAAGAGCUCAAGCAGCGAGCUGUGAAGCAGCUGGAUGAGCCCAGGUUCCAAAUCCAUGACUACAUUGAGUCAGAGAAGAGACGGUCCAACUGCUGUACUUUUCUCUAAAAGGAAGAAGAUGCUAAGGCAGAGUCUGAAUGACCUACUGCUAAAGAGGAGCAGAGUGCCACCCAGGAGAUGCAGGGAAGGAAGGAAAGAAAUUGGGGGGGGGGUUCACUCCAAAGACAUUACUUUUUAGAGAAUUCUUUUAGAGACUGUACAUAAGAAGUAUAUGUCUGUUGUUGGUUGCCAUGUGUGGAUGUGAAGGAAGAGUUAAGAACUUUGCACAUGUGAAAGUAUGCAAAGGCAAUCAGGUUUUAUAGUAUUACUCAGGCCUACCAUUCACUGGUAAGAGGAAAGGUAUGGCCCACACCAAAGCAAAUCAAGCUUUCUCUUAACUCUCACAGCCCUGCUUUUUGCCUUGAAAAAAAAGGGGGGGGAUGGUUGAGCGGGAGCUACACGGAAGGUCUCUCUCUUUCAAAGGCCAUGGGAGAUCUUUGGAUAAAAUUAAAAAAAAGGUUAAUUAAGAGUAUUGCCCUAAAAAGCCCCAGUUUGUAUGAAUACCGAAACCAGCAGGAAUAUUGAGUAAAGUAAAAGUAGACAGAUUUCCUUUGACCUUUUGGCCUUUCCUGCUUCCCACACCCAAAGAUCCUGCCGAGAGGGUUGCUUUGCUUCUCCUCCCUUCCUCCCUCGGCCCAAGGAAGGGACUCCGGGAUCUAAGUGUGUCUUUUGUCCUGGCUGGAACAUCAAGAAAAUGCUGCUGGCUGGAGUUAGGUGGGGGAGAGAGAGAGAGACCACUAUAUUUUUAUGACCCUAAACAAAAGGAAGUGUUAAAGUGGAUUUGUUUGUUUUGAUGGUGCAACGAAAGACCAUUUGGGGAAAAAAGAAGAGUCAGCAGGCUGGUGUAACAGGCUAGAAAACUCUAGCAUCUGUUGUUCAGCUAGACAAAGCUGCUUCUGAGUUUGUUUCCUCAGAAAACAACCAGGAUAUAUAUGCAUAACAUGAAGUGGUUGCUCCUCUUGAGUUUUUUGGUUCCUUCUUACAAGCACAUCUUGGGAUUCUUCAGAACAAGUGAAUCUUUUUAUAAUGAUCAAGCACUCAAUCCCAAACAUUCUGGAAGGGGGAAAUUUAUGUUUGAACUAAGCUUGUUUCUGUCACGUGACCAUGUUUUUAUAAGCACAGGUCAUUUGGAACGGGCUGGGUGUUUCGCCAUCAUUCCAGUACACCCAAUCACAUACAUUCAGACCGACAGAUGCCAUCCAGGGAAAACUGUGUGCAUUGGCAGCCUAUAAAUAUACAUAUAUAUGAAGCAUGUAGCCCCCAGAUGAGAAGACAGUAACAUUGGGUUGCAGUAGGAUUUCUCUAUAGUGAGUUGGUUCCGGAUGGCAUUCAGUGAUCCUUCUGUCCUUUUUACUCUGCUGCAUCUCUUUCCAUUGGGUUGGUUGGUUAUUGCCAGUUGUUCCAACAGCUGCUCAACCAGGAUAAUCUUAAACCAGAUUAGUUUGCAGACUUCUUUCCAGGAAGGAGGAGAAUGGGGAGCCCUUCCUCCAGCCAGUGAGGCAGAGAGGGAUAACUGAUAAACUGGUCGACUGCAUUUGGAUAUGAGGGAGACAGAGGGGAAAUGAUUGGUUGGGUGAGGCUGGGGCCCAGGAACAGUCUGUGAUGGGUCAGGAAUGCUUUGGUAUUAGACUGCGACAGCACAGAGAAAUAUCCAAGAUCAAAUGCCAGGUUUUGUCUACCUGUGUUCAGAUACACCACACAGUGCAAUGCAUUUUUGACUUGAAUUUUCCGUACAAAUUUAACUUGUCAUCUAGCUCACGGAUGCCUUUCCCCUCUCCCGCUUCUGGAAGUAAGCAACUAGUGGAUUGUAUCUAGAUCAGAGUUCCCCAACCUUUUCGACUUUGCAGACUAGUGGGAGUAGGAAGAGGGGAUGGUUCCAUGUGAGCGGUGGACAAGUGGACAGCUCCAUUUGCACAAGUGCUGGGCACACAUGCAAAUAGCAAUAGCAUUUACUUAUAUACCGCUUUGCGCACAUGCUCACUCACUGUUCACGCAAAUGGGGAUGUGUGUGCACAUAGGUAUGCUCACCUGCAACUUCCGUGACCCGGUUCCUAACGGCUCAAGGCCCAGAGGUGGGCCAUGGUCCAGGGGUUGGGGAACCCCUCGUCUAGGUUGAUUGAGCUUUGCUGAUCUAGCACAGCACAGUGGCCUUUUGUUUCUUUUUAAACCUCCUUUUAAGUUUUUUUCUUUUUCCUUUCUAAAGUUCCAAAAUGUGACGUCAUUCUUACUGAUUGUCCCCAACACAAUGUAUCCCCCCCUCCCAUUUCCUGGUUUCUUUAAUCCGCGUGGGUUAGGCAGGAGCUAUCUGUAGCCAGCCAUGCUCCUUAUAUGUUAUGCGAGGCAGGUGCAGCAGCAGUGUGGCAAGAAAUGGAAGCCUUAUCUGUAAAAGAGAGCUCUUCCUAGCAAAGCCCACAUAUUUGUUGCCCUGGCAGCAUGCACAGUUCCCCUGAAAAACAGCAGCAAGAGUGCCAGGAUUUAAGAGGGAGGUGGAUUCUAGCAAAACGGAGCAUAGUUUCAUAUUGCCUGCACCUUUCCUGGGCGUCUAAUGCUGGGCUCCGGCAAAUGUAUGAUUUUUGUGAAUCUGUGUACAAGUUUAAGUACCUCGAGAUCAAAAAAAGGAAUACUGUUACAGGGAAAAGAAUAUCAUCAUCAUCAUCCUUUCUUGGAUCUGCUCAUCCUUUUUUCUCUGAUCGGAAAUUCAGCUCUCUUUUUUUAAUGCCUGUGGGAAGGCACAAGUGCUUUUUCAGCUGUUUCCAUGUUAAAAUGGGCGUUGUCUUACCUGAACGCCCUUUCUGCUAAGCAGUGGAGCCAGCGACCUGUGCAGUUGUGACCCCAAUACAUCUAGGCUGUAUAGCAGAAGUAGACAACCCUUUGGGUCCAUCACACAUUUGGAAUUUUGGUUCAUGUUUCUUUUAAGAAUGGGCUGCCCUGCGAAGAUCCCCUGUUCACAAAAUCAUUGAGCUGAUCUACGCCUUUGCAGGCUUGAAAGUAUUGCAGCAAAUAAACGCUAUGUUUGAAGCUGGCACAUUGCUUUGCAACAUGUCAAUUUUAUUUCUUCUUUAAAAAAUUUUUUUUAAAAAGCAUCUACCAAAUGUACUCCAACUCAGUCUACUCCCUGCUCCAAUUCAAAGAAUCUCAGGUAACAUUGUUGGGUUAAGGCUGCUGCCUAAAACCUUGGAGAAACUCUUACAGAAUAGUAAGGAAUGGUAUUAGACUGGCACUUUCAUUCCUGCACUAUAUGUUUUCUGAAAAUUGGAUAAUAUAUUUUGAAAUAAGCCUUAUCCACUGCUUUGGCCUUAAUUUGAGAAUAAUAAAAAGGAAUACUAGAAAGAAAUACGAUUACAUGGUUCAGAACUACCUACAACUACCUUGUAACUAGCUAUGUUAAUCAUUAUCUGAAUGGGUGAUAAAUGGGUGUUGUUUGGGUGUCAAAUAAGAUUGUGUGGCCAUACAUUGGAACAGGAGAGUCAAUGUGAGCUCCCUCGUUUGCUUUUGUCGUUAUGUUUCCUUUCUGCAUUUUUUGUAUAACAAAUCUUUCUGCCUGACUCACCAGGCAUUAGAGGGAUCAAUUUUCCAAAGAAUUAAAAGGGGACACAAGGAAUGUAGAAUAGAGCAUUUGGUUGCACAACAGAUUGUUGAUUAAAAAAAAAAGGUUGAUCUGCAUUUUGAUGUGUUUGAUUUUGUUGUGAAACUACUCUGGGGAAGCCUGUUUUUGAAGGGCAGCAUACAAAUAAAUGAUAGAUGAUUGUAUGUAGCUUUAUACUCCUAAUAUCCCCUAUAAAAUAAAGAAAAUUGCUUCUUACUUUAAAAA